AUGGCAGUGUUUGGCGAGCCAGCUUUCACAGACCAUGCCUCAAUGUCUUUGUAUCUGCACUCGGGUGCUCCUAAGCAGAAAAAGCCAUUCCAGUUUUUCAACUACCUGCUCAAGAAUGAAAAUUUCCUACCCUUAGUUGCUCAUCAUUGGUUUUCUUUCAGAAUAAGCGGCACAUCUAUGUUUCGUGUCGUUAGAAAACUCAAGACUCUCAAGAAGGCCAUAAGGGACAUCAGCAAACAAAAUUAUUCUGAUAUUGAGAAGAGAGUAAAAGAGGCAUCUGAGGCCCUUGAUAUUGCUCAGAUUCGCACCCUAAAUGACCCUACCAUAGAAAAUGCAGAGAUGGAGUUGAACUUGCAACAAAAGUGGGUAACGCUCUCUACAGCCGAGGAAUCUUUUUUCUAUCAGUGUUCAAGGGUUAAUUGUUUAACGGUGGGAGAUAGAAACACCCCUUUUUUCCACCGUAUGGCAAACGCAAGACAAGCUAUCAAUCACAUACACUAUCUUAUUGAUGAGGACGGUGUGCACAAUGAAUCUCAGGAUGAUAUCCAGAGUCUUUGUGUCAAUUACUUCUCGAACCUUUUGGGAAAGCCGGUUGAUCCUCCUAUGUUCAUCCAGGAUGAUAUCUCCACCCUCUUGGACUUCUCUUGUUUGACAGCUCAGCAGGCUCUACUCACCGCUCCAAUCACUGCUGAUGAUAUCCGUGAUGCGUUCUUCUCUCUUCCACGAAAUAAGGCGAGCGGUCCCGAUGGAUACUCUCUAGAUUUCUUCAUGAGUUGUUGGUCUGUUGUGGGUGGAGAGGUAACAUCAGCUGUUGCAGAAUUCUUCAACUCAGGGUGUCUCCUUAAACAACUGAAUGCUACUAACCUCGUUCUUAUCCCAAAUAUUCCUAAUGCUUCAAAGACCACUGACUUCAGGCACAUAUCAUGUUUGAAUACUAUCUACAAAGUGAUUUCCAAGCUUUUGGCAGAUCGCUUGAAAGGAAUUCUAAACUUGGCGAUAGGACACUCUCAGACUGCAUUUAUGCCUGGUCGAUUACUUACUGAAAAUGUUAUCCUUGCUACUGAAAUAGUGCAUGGCUACAACUCUAACAACAUGGAGCCUAGCGGGAUGUUAAAAGUAGACCUACGGAAAUCUUUCGACACUUUGAGAAGGGACUUUGUCAUGGCACCUCUCUGUGCUAUAAACGUGCCGGAAACAUUUAUAGGAUGGAUAUCUUCUUGUAUAACCACAACUUCACUCUCAAUCUCUGUACGGACACACUGGUUCAACUCAGGCUACAUCCGCUAUCACCUUAACACAGAGGAGCUGGGAAUCACCCACCUCAUAUUUGCAGAUGAUGUUAUGGUAGCAGCUCCCUCUGGGUGGCUUGGCAUUGUCACCACAACUGCCCUACCUCCUAUAGCUUCUGGUCACAAUCAGAAUCGCCGCUUAUGUCCUGGAAUGGCGAUGCAUACUUCAGCUUAG